AUGAGCGAGUCGAUCUUGAAGUCCAGCCAGCCCUUGCCCUCCAAGCAGGAAAAGGAUGGCACCGAGAAGCGGAGCUGGGGCAGGCCGCGCAAGCAGCCUCUGGUGAGUCCCAGGACAGCGCUGGGAGGGAGUCAGAAGGAGCCCAGUAAAGUGCCAAAACCUAAGAGACCUCAGGGCCGAUCAAAUGGAAGGAAAAACAAGGACGCUGCCAAGACCUGGAAAACCACCACAACUCCAGGAAGGAAACCAAGGGGCAGACCCAAAAAACUGGAGAAGGAGGAAGAGGAGGGCAUCUCACAGGAGUCCUCGGAGGAGGAGCAGUGACUGUGCGUGCGUGUCGCCUGCUCCUCACUGGAGGAGCAGCUUCCUUUUGGGACUGGACAGCUUUGCUCCGCUCCCACCGCCCCCGUCCCUUCCCCAGGCCCACCAUCACCACCGCCUCCAGCCGCCACCCCUGUCUUCCACCUGCGACUUCACCACCACACUACACAGCACACCAGCAGCUUCAGGGCCCCCAUGGGCUGAGUGGGGAGCAGUUUUCCCCUGGCCCCAGUUCCCAGCUUCCCCCGCCCACCCACGCAUACACAUGUGCCCUCCUGGACAAGGCUAACAUUCCACUUAGCCGCACCCGGCACCUACUGCGUCCCCAACUGCUUUGGUGGUGGGGACAUUGCUCUUUGGGCUUUUGGUUUGGAGGCACCCUCUCUGCUCCUCCAUUGUUCCCUCUGGCUUCCCACAGUGGGGCCUGGGAGGGUUCCCCUGGCCUUAAAAGGGGCCCAAGCCCCAUCUCAUCCUGGCCCGCCCUACUCCACUGCCCUGGCAGCAGCAGGUGUGGCCAAUGGAGGGAGCUGCUGGCCCCCAGGAUUCUACCAGCCAAACUGUCUUUGUCACCACGUGGGGCUCACACUUUUCAUCCUUCCCCACCUCCCCUAGUCCCUGCA